UGAGCUUGAGCGUGAGCCGGCUGCUGAAGACUUGCGAACAGUUCGGAGCCAGCGAGAGCGCGCCAGAGAGAGCGCGCCAGAGAGAGCGAGAGUGAGGGAGUGAGUGCAAGGGGAUCUAGAGGAGUCAGGGCGAGAAAGCGAGGGCCGGAGGACCCACGAUUGAGACAGAGUGACCAUGGCUGUCUCCGCGUCUCCAGUGAUCUCUGCAACUUCCAGCGGCGCCGGCGUCCCGGGGGGCUUAUUCCGGGCCGAACCCCCGUACUCGACUCCCGGAGAGCCCCCUCGUCUUACUCCUAAUAUGAUCAAUAGUUUCAUGGUUAAUAACCACAGCAGCAGUGCCGGAGGCGGCGGCAGCGGCAACACCAACACCAGCGAGUGCCGCAUGGUCGACAUGCACGGGAUGAAGGUGGCUUCGUUCCUGAUGGACGGCCAGGAACUGAUCUGCCUGCCUCAAGUCUUUGAUCUUUUUCUCAAGCACCUGGUGGGAGGCUUGCACACUGUGUACACCAAGCUGAAGAGACUGGAUAUAUCCCCCGUGGUGUGUACUGUCGAGCAGGUCCGGAUCCUCCGCGGGCUGGGGGCCAUCCAGCCCGGGGUAAACCGCUGCAAACUCAUCACCAGGAAAGACUUUGAAACUUUGUUCACCGAUUGCACCAAUGCCAGUUCAAGACCUGGCAGGCCCCCUAAGCGUUCUUUGGGAGUGUUGCAGGAAAAUGCUCGCCUUCUGCCCCAUGCAGUCCCAGGCCUCUUAUCACCAGGACUUAUCACUCCGACAGGUAUAACAGCUGCAGCAAUGGCUGAGGCGAUGAAACUGCAGAAGAUGAAGCUUAUGGCUAUGAACACUCUUCAGGGAAAUGGAAGCCAAAAUGGGACUGAAUCAGAGCCUGAUGAUCUUAAUUCUAACACAGGUGGAAGUGAAUCCUCCUGGGAUAAGGAUAAGAUGCAGUCUCCAUUUGCUGCACCUGGACCCCAACAUGGAAUUGCUCAUGCAGCCCUAGCUGGCCAGCCAGGCGUUGGGGGUGCUCCAACCUUCAAUCCACUGCAGCAGAACCACCUGCUAACCAAUAGACUGGAUCUGCCAUUUAUGAUGAUGCCUCAUCCCCUACUUCCAGUCAGCUUACCUCCUGCAUCAGUUGCCAUGGCAAUGAAUCAGAUGAACCAUCUCAAUACUAUUGCCAACAUGGCUGCUGCAGCACAGAUUCACAGUCCACUCUCCAGAGCUGGUACCUCUGUUAUAAAGGAGCGGAUCCCAGAGAGUCCUUCUCCUGCUCCUUCUCUGGAAGAGAAUCAUCGUCCUGGGAGCCAGACCUCUUCCCACACCAGCAGCAGUGUGUCCAGCUCUCCCUCUCAGAUGGAUCAUCAUUUGGAAAGAAUGGAAGAGGUACCAGUUCAAAUUCCAAUAAUGAAGUCACCCUUGGACAAGAUACAGCUGACUCCUGGGCAGGCAUUGCCCGCUGGAUUCCCUGGACCAUUCAUUUUUGCGGAUAGUCUGUCCUCCGUGGAGACUCUGUUGACCAACAUUCAGGGUCUGCUGAAAGUUGCUUUGGAUAAUGCUCGCAUCCAGGAGAAGCAGAUUCAACAAGAAAAGAAGGAGCUGCGACUGGAGCUCUAUAGAGAGAGAGAAAUUAGAGAAAAUCUUGAAAGACAACUUGCAGUUGAGCUUCAAAGCAGAACUACCAUGCAAAAGCGCCUGAAGAAGGAGAAAAAAACCAAGAGAAAAUUGCAGGAAGCCUUGGAAUUUGAAUCAAAGCGCCGGGAGCAAGUGGAGCAGGCACUUAAGCAAGCCACCACUAGUGACAGUGGCCUGAGGAUGUUAAAAGAUACUGGAAUUCCAGAUAUUGAAAUAGAAAACAACGGGACUCCUCAUGAUAGUGCUGCUCUGCAAGCCUGAACACUGAUGCCGGAACUCCAACUGGUCAUAGGCACGAAUAGGGAGGUAACUAUUACUGUUUAGAAAUGGCACAACAGUUGUAUUCAGCCUGAAAGGUCCUCGCUGGCUUUACAUAAAUGAAGAUGCUUGUGAUUCCAGUUUAUCUCUGAAACUAUUCAACAUGGAGUUAUUUCAAUUUUGUUUAUCAGCAAAGCUUUGUUUACUGAAGGAGCUAUUUAAUCUAUGUUACGUUAAAAAGGAAACACGUGUACAUUUUAAAAGCAAUGAUGUAAACUUUGUUCUUGCAUUAGAUUGACCAGUUUAAAAAUAUGAACUAAAUCCUAAUGGCUAAAGUAACUUGACCGUAUUUGAUGCUUUUCUAUGCUCAUUUCAACUUGGCUUUUUGUCUUUUAAAUUUUAAAAAAAUGCAGUAGUGUGUUAGAGACUAGAAACUUAUAUGUAUGGUUUCCCUGUUCUACUAUACAUAAUGUUAAAGUACACCUUCUUUGUUAAAAAUGUACUUGCUAAACUUCGGCGUAAAUAAAAACAUUUUGACUUUG